AAGCUCCCAGUUUUGCUAGUGAGCUCGUACAGAUCGGACGUGGAGCUUUUAUGUUAUGUUAUCGUUUACACGUUUCGGGCGUGUUUUAACCGGGCACCUUAAUGAAAAAUUGAUGGAAAAGCCGUUCUAACGACCCUCGUAUGCUCGGUGUGUAUAGACUGUGCUCUAAUUGAAUAUUGUGCAAAGGAUAUUGAUAACAUGCCGGCUGUAUGAAAGAUUGACGACUGUAAAAUCGGCGGCACUAUGAACUCGGAUACCUAAUGUUGGGCCUGUGCAGUGAUAAUCGAUAUCGAUAAAAUGGCGUGGUUUGUGUUGUUACUGCCUAUGAUAGCGGCGGCUGCCCUGCCGCCCGGUGACUCGGACUUGUGUAACCCGGACAAAAUGACAGUUUAUCGAAUGGUGUUGCAUACUUAUUGGACGAGAGAAAAGUUCCCCAAACACUAUCCGGACUGGAGACCGCCCGCUCAGUGGUCGAAAAUUUAUGGUGUAUCCCACAGCCGGUCCUACGUUUUGUUCCGUUUGGGUCGGCGAGUGUCGGCGCCCGUCCGCCAGUUCGCUGAAUCCGGUCGAUCGGACUCACUUGGCUCGAGCACAGGCACGCUGGAUGUAUUCGGAGCACCCGCUAUCAGUCAAGGUGCUGGGAGAACUGAAGCAGAGUUCUUUGUGGAUGGAAAUCAUUCUAGGGUAUCCGUAAUGGCGCGCAUGAUCCCAUCUCCGGACUGGUUCAUCGGAGUCGACAGCUUUGAUCUCUGCGUCGACGGAAACUGGAUAGAUAGCAUCACUAUCGAGGUGGACCCUCUAGACGCCGGCACCGACAACGGGUUUACCUUCACGGCCCCCAACUGGCCGACCGCGCCGCAGGGGGUGGCUUACCGCAUCACAUCAAAGUACCCCUCGCACCCCGCGGGGUCCUUCUUCUACCCCCAUCUGAGGAGGUUGCCGCCGAUCGCCACUUUUCAGUUUAUCAAGCUCCGAGAAUACGAGCUCACAGAAGCAUUUCACCGCGACAGCGACGACCGACGAUACGACGUGCUGCAGCUCGACAAGCUCAACCACAACAGCAUAGACAUGCUGGACGGCAACAGAGCUCUGUCCAUCGCUGAGGAAGUGGAGCGAGCUGAGGCACCGAGGAUUUACUCCGACGGCUCUUUGACUACACCGGACAGCGGCUACUCUUAUUAUUCUAUCGUAAACAGCACAGCAAGCACAACAGAAGAACCACGAUCAGCGAACGAGCUACCAACUUCAGGACCCACCGCGAGCGAACGGUCCGCGUUAAGGAGUCUAGCGCGUAGAUACAGAGCGAGGAGACGACGCAAGCUGCGCGGAGACAGCACCGACCCGGCAGAGAGAAGAAAGCGGAAACGAACGAGACUGCUAGACUGCCGCGUAUCGGACUGGGGUGAAUGGAGCCCGUGCCGAAACGACGGCGGCUGCGUCGGAUCUGCACUGCGCACGCGCAGGAUCAUACGUCGUCAACGUCCGGGUGGCAACCCUUGCCCUCCCACAGCGCAAUCGCGGUGGUGCGCCACCAACUGCACAGCACCACCGCUGCACGACGACUGGAGGAAUAAUCUCACGUAAUCCCUAUUUAUAUGUAAGGCUAGUUUACAUGGGGCAAUGCAAUGAGGCGACAAUUUUGUCUUGAUGAGGAUUUAGUAGUAACGGUGAUAAAGACUAGAGAAGAAAAGAGAAAACUACUAUCAAAUCAGCUUAAGUAGAGCCGCACUAUUAUCAAAACCGUGAGUUGACAGAGCAUUUAUAUAAAAACAUGUAAGGAACUUCGUUUGCAUUGUCAUUUGAUUAGUUGAAGAGGAACUUAUUUGACAUAUUUAACAACUAAAUCUUGAAAUCUGUCAAUUGUGAAUCUUGAAAUUUGCUUGAAAUUUGUUAGUUACAGCUAGAAUCAGGAGCUGUUAAUUCAGUCAAUAAUAAUUUUACCUAUUGAAAUAGUCAGACCUAAUCCAAACCAAAAUAAGUAAGACGAGAAACUAUUUUAGAGGCUUUCUAGAUAAUCAAUACGAUCACGUCUUAUCUUGUAUUGCCCCAGUGUGAAAGCUACUUUAAACAUGAUUCCAUUUUUAUUGAAGUUACAUAUUUUGUCUCUUUCUAAUGGCCAGUAUUUUGAUGCAAUAAUUUAUGUUCUAUCUCCUUCGUUGGCAUCUCUGUCCGUCCAAUCAAAUUUCAUUUCGAUUCCAUUUUCUUUUGUAUCUUCAAUCUGAUGUUUUUGAAUGUAAAUUCGUGUGUGUAUAAAAAUAUUGGAUAAAAUUUCUGUAUAAAAUAAUUUAUUAAGAGAUUGACUGUUCGUAUUCAAGUGCUAUUGUGGACGCAGUGUCACUUCAUAGAAGCGUAUUCGUCAUUUUACGCUUGCAUGCUUCUUUAUAAAACUGACAGUUAUUCAACAAUGAUUCAAUAUUGUAGUUAUUUUAAUCUAGUCAUUUCCAGACCAAUAAAAAUCUGCGUUAAGUAUGUUCAAUAGCUAUACCUAAUGGGUGCAAACUGCAGCGUCAAAAAUUGCCACUUAUUCGAAACUUUUUUUCGAAAAAGAUUCUUUUUUAAGUGGCAAAAGUCCUCGCUGCUGACUUGUGCAAACAAUACAAUUUUCGCUGAACACUGCGCAUUAGGGUGCGUACUGACCAGGAGCUUUUACAUGGUUAUCUCACUUUUGCUGUGGAGCUUUUCUGUUACAUUACAAGCGAAUGCCCCUGGUCAAUAGGUAUGCAGAUGCACCUUUAGGAAAACAAAAAUAAACUCUAUGGGCCUAUCUCCUCAGGGCGAUACUACCGUGGCGAUACGACGAGUGACUUUGGACGAGCAUAACGUCGCGGACUCGUCGCGUCUGUCGUCUUCUUUCGUAACGAUACCGCCACGUUCCGCCACAGUUCAGAGGCCCAACGAGGCUUAUCGUUAUACCGUGGAGAUUAUCCGACGAUAGUACGAGUAGGUCGCACUCGUCGCGGUAAUCUCUCCCGUGGAGAUGGCGCCUAAGCGUAAAAUGACGAUUACCUGCCUAUGAAGCAACAAGUGCGCACAAAGUGGGGAUAAAUGGUAGACUUUUAUUGUUUGCCGCUGUAUCUAAUAAAUGCUUAUUCUAUAUAAUUUUGCGAAUCUGUUCGUCAAUUAUUGCUAAAAAUAAAUGUUAAUUAUGUAUGUUUUUCGACAUCCUAUACCGCGAUAUGAUGGAACAAUUUUCUCUUUAUUUUCAUAACACUGUGACUUGUGUUGCACCCAAUUCUUUGUGGAAUCGUUCCAAGACUUUACUGGCUAGCAAUUAAUUCAUAUCAGAAAACAAAUAUUAAUUAAUGAAAGUUUAAAAGUUUCUUAAUGUUAUUUAAUAUUGCGAAAAACUGAAGUUUCUAAAACAGUUUGCUACACGGUACGUAGUCCCAAACUAAAAAACUACCUACUUACAAACUUCAAAUCUUGGUCAAAUAUCUGUCAAUAUUAUUUUUGGCCAUAUUUUUAUACACAAUUAUUAUUACAGUAA